AUGGACCAACCACCAGCUCCCGAGACCCAACCCAGGGCCCCAGGCUCAUGGCAAGGCCGUAGCGAGCCGCCUGAUGAGGCCAUGGACGUAUUGGCCAGGAGUGUCCAGCUGGGCGCUGCCGCAGGGGCAUGCGGGAUGCUGUUCGGCGCAACAAGUGGCAUCAUCCGCGGCGUAAAAACACCCGUAUUGUUUUCUCUUGUGUCCGGGUUUCAGUGGUUUGGCAUCAGCUCGGUCUUUUACGGUACCAGGAAACUAGUAAUCGCGAGAUAUGGUCCGGAACACAACGUCACGCCGGCCCAGAAGGUCGGUGCAAGUGCAAUAGCCGGCGCUGUCUCCGUCGUGCCCGUGGGCCUACUGCUGCGCGGGCCUAGGAGUAUCCUCCCAGGCGCCAUCGUCUUCUCCCUGCUCGGAGCUGGCGGUCAAUUUGCAUCCAACAGGUGGUCAGGUCCGGAAAACUCUCCGAAGAAAUCGAGUGGUUGGUUCACUUCGAAGUGGAGCCCAAUGACGAAGCUGUCGGAUGAGGACUACAAGACCAUGCUUGAGGAAAAGAUCCUCAGGGUGGAGGCGGAUUUGGCCAUCCUGGACGAGAACAGAGCAGCUCUCGUCGCAGAAGAGGAGUCCAGGGCCAAACCUGCAACGGAGUCGAAAAGUGAAGCAUGA